AUGGCGCCGUCGAAUUUGGACCCGGUGAAGGUGGCUAUCGCAGAAGUGAAGGGCAUGGCCGAUAUGUUUAAAAGAAUCCAAGACGUUUGUUGGAAUAAAUGCAUAUCUAGCACUAAGGAUGCCAUGCUAAACCCAGGAGAAGCCAGUUGCCUCGAUCGUUGUGUCUUUAAGUAUAUAAGCGUACACCAAAUGACAGGAAAACAUUUGCAGGAACAAUCCCAGGCGUAA